UGCGAGGGGGGGAGAAGCGCUGCGGUCGGUGUCUUUAUGGCGUUUCCUCAAUCGACGAGGACGUCGCUCCUGAAAACGCUACCUGUACCGCAGCAAAUGGAGGGAGCGCCGCACCUGCUCUGGAUUCCCGCAUUUUUAAAUGACGCCUUCAAAAUGGUAUGACAGUGUUAGCUAUGCAUUAUUUUUAAAAAUAUCAUCAUAUUGACGAGCGAGGCGAGGGAGUCGCAGUUUUCUUCGUUUCCCCCCCAGUAAUUUUUUUCUCCGUGGACAUGCGUGAUGCGUGUGAAGGGAGCGCCGAUGCCGGAGAUGAUGGACACUUGCAGCUAGCUCGGUUGCUAACAGCAGCUGCCCGCUCGUGCCGUUUGUGGACCAGUUUUACCUCAGCGCGUCCAGUCGGGUGUGACGAAGUUCUCCCAGUGAUGCCCGAUGUUGCUCCCUGUUGCUGAUCUGCAUCAGAAACCCCCACCCCACCGUGGUAAUGCGAUCUGUGGACUCUGGUAAUAAACACUGAAAUCGCCCAAAGAAAUGGAAUUGGGGGGUGAUCCCACCCCGGAACCGCUUCUGGGGUGCAAACGCACAUCCGUGCCUGGUUCGGAAGGUGGACUUGCUGUUGGUAUGUGUGAUAAAGUGGAUAAUAAAGUGGACUCUCCGUUUGUACUGCGGGGGGGUAGCGACCCCAGUUCCUACCCCCCGUCCAGCCACAGGAGAACCGUCCACCAGCGCUUCAUCAGGAGAAAUCUGUGGUUCUCCGACUCAGAUGAGCAAACUGUGGAGGUGCCAGAAUGCGACACGGCAGGGAAGACCCCCAGGGGGAAGGUGGACAGGAGCUUGGUGACGCGAGUGGGGACGCAAGGAGGGCUGCGAGAAGUACGUGACGCCGAGAGCCUGGCCUCCGAGAACCCGGACACGGAGAGUGCCAGCGUGGAUGGGGAAAGGGAGCAGGACCGGGAGCGAGCUGCUGGAGGCACGCCCAGGGCUGCUAGCGAUGAGAACGAGGAGGAGGCAGAGAUGAAAGCGGUGUCCACGUCUCCUGGGGGUCGCUUCCUCAAGUUUGACAUCGAGCUUGGACGGGGGUCCUUCAAGACAGUCUACAAGGGCCUGGACACGGACACGUGGGUUGAAGUAGCCUGGUGUGAACUGCAGGACCGCAAGCUGUCCAAAGCAGAGCGGCAGAGGUUCAAGGAGGAGGCGGAGAUGCUGAAGGGCCUGCAGCAUCCCAACAUUGUGCGGUUCUAUGACUUCUGGGAGUCGCCGCUCAAGGGCAAGAAGUGCAUCGUGCUGGUGACGGAACUCAUGACAUCGGGCACGCUGAAAACGUACCUGAAAAGGUUUAAGGUGAUGAAGCCCAAGGUGCUGCGCAGCUGGUGUAGGCAGAUUCUGAAGGGGCUGCACUUCCUGCACACCCGCACGCCGCCUAUCAUCCACCGCGAUCUCAAGUGCGACAAUAUCUUCAUCACUGGCCCCACCGGCUCCGUCAAGAUCGGCGAUCUCGGCCUCGCCACGCUCAAAAGAGCCUCUUUUGCCAAAAGUGUCAUAGGCACGCCUGAGUUCAUGGCUCCAGAGAUGUACGAGGAGCACUACGACGAGUCAGUGGACGUCUACGCCUUUGGGAUGUGCAUGCUGGAGAUGGCUACCUCGGAGUACCCGUACUCAGAGUGCCAGAAUGCUGCCCAGAUCUACCGCAAGGUCACCAGUGGGGUGAAGCCUGCAAGCUACAACAAGGUCACCGAUCCCGAAAUCAAGGAAAUUAUCGGCGAGUGCAUCUGCCAAAAGAAGGAAGAGAGGUUUUCCAUUAAGGACCUCCUCAACCACGCCUUUUUUGCCGAGGACACGGGGGUCCGGGUGGAGCUGGCGGAGGAGGACGAUGGCAAGAAAUCCUCCAUCGCCCUCAAGCUGUGGGUAGAAGACCCAAAGAAGCUCAAGGGGAAGUACAAAGACAGCGGGGCCAUCGAGUUCACCUUUGACCUGGAAAAGGAAAUUCCUGAGGGUGUGGCACAGGAAAUGGUGGAGUCGGGCUUCUUCCACGAAAGCGACGCCAAGAUCGUGGGGAAGUCGAUACGCGACCGCGUCUCGCUGAUCAAGUGGAAGAGGGAGAGGACGGUCCCCAUUCGGGAUGGCGAGGAGCCGAGGGUUGUGGAGAAACCGGGGGGCCCGGAUGGGGUUACGCUUCCCGGGUGUCCGGCUGCCCCGUCCGAACCCGAGGAGCCCGAGGCAGACCAGCACGUGCGGCAAUGUGACCUGCCCGCCAGCGCCACCUCUGUCACAUCUGAUGGCACCUUUGACAGCGGCCUGGGGUCCACUGUCUAUUCGGACUCCCACAGCAGCAAGCACAGCGUCCCCUAUCAGUCCCUGCUGGACACCAUCCCUGCAGCCACCCAGCAGUCCAGCAAGCUGGUAGCUCCAACCCAGGCUUCAUCAGGACCACCUCUGCUGGUUCAUCAGUCCUACCAGCAGACUGGGCAGGCAUUCCCAACUGCAAUGAGCACCAGAGAGCCAAGCCAGCCAAAUGCACAAUCCUGUUCGGUUGCAGCAUGCAUUGCACAGCCAAAUCAACUACUUGUGCAGACCUUCUCAGCUGCAGCAUCUAGUGUACAACCAAGCCAGCCAACUGUGCAGACCUACUCAGCUGCAGCGUCCAUUGCACAGCCAAGUCAUCCAACUGCACAGACCUUCUCAGCUGCAGCAUCAGUUGUACAGCCAAGCCAGCCAACUGCGCAGGUCUACCCAGUUCCAGCAACCAUUGUACCAACAUGCCAGUCAACAGUGCAGACCUGUUCAGCUGCAGAAUCAAUUUUACCACUAAGCCACUCAACAUCACAGACCUUCCCAGCAGCAGCAUCCAUUGUGCAACCAAGCCAACCAACUGUGCCGACCUAUUCACCUGCAGUAUCAAUUUGCCAGAUAAACCUGGCACCUCCACAUACUUACUCAGUUUCUACAUGCAUUCCACAACCAACCCAGCCAACUGUGCAAGCCUGCUUAGCUGUAGCAUCUGUUGCACAGUCAAGCCAGCCAACUGUUCAGAUGUAUCCAGCUCCAGGAUCAGUUGCAAUGUCAAGCCAGCCACCUACUCAGAUGUAUCCAGCUCCAGCAUCCCUUGCACAGUCAAGCAAGCCAACUGCUCAGACGUAUCCAGCUCCAGAAUCCAUUGCACAGCCAAGCAAACCAACUGCUCAGACGUAUCCAGCUCCAGCAUCCAUUGCAAUGUCAAGCCAGCCAACUGCUCAGAUGUAUCCAGCUCCAGAAUCCAUUGCAAUGCCAACCCAUCCAAUUACGCAGACCUAUCCAGCCACAUCAUCCAUUAUACAGCCAAGUCACCCAGUGGCACAGACCUUUCCAGCUGUACCAUCUGUUCCACAGCCAGUUCUGCCACGUGAACACACCUCAGCAACCACAGUAUCAGCUGUGCAACAUAGCCAACAUAUUGCCCAGCCGUUUCCAACUGCUGCGUCCACUAUGCAGCACGUUGAGGUUCCACCUGUCCCACUUUGCCAGCAGCUGUCCACAGGGCACAGCCUGUCCCAAACCAACAUUGACAGACAGAACCUCCAGCAGAGCCUAAAUCACCCUCCACCCUUCCAGCCGCCCCUGCGACCCUCCACCCAUUCACCCUCUGUACUCCAACCCCUGCAGGUGUCCACAACGCUGCCGUUGACACACUUAGCACAGCUCCCUCCAAGAUACCCUGUCAAUCCAACAGGGACUCCUCUUGCUGGAUGUGAACCUUUCUAUCCUCCCACUGCUCCUCACCACCCUGGCUUUCCCAGCACCAGCGCCGCCCCCAUGCCUGGCACCUACUUCUCCCCCAGCCAGAGUGUUCCUGCCCACCCCCCUGUCCCCUUGGCUCCCACUUCUUUGGUCCCUGGUCUGCCACCAGGGGGUGCCCCUCCACCCAUUCCCCUGCUUGCGAUGGCCAUGCCUUGCCAGGUGCAGCAGCAGCCUAUCUAUGCCUGUGUCCCUCAGCGGGCUGUGGCCCCUGAGGCCCCACCCAUGGGAACCACCCACAUUCCACCCCUCCCCCUCAUACCCAGCGUAAUCCCACCCUCUGUACCUGAAAGAGCUCUGCCUGUUUCUGAGCUUCCUGGGCAGACAAGUGGACAGAUUCCAUGCAGCCACCCAACAGACCCCCCCGGCCAUCCGAGCGUGCCGCAGGUACCAGCUCCUGUCCCCUGGGGCCAGGCUGCGGCCCCUUCGCCACCAGUGAAGAGUGCUGUGGAUGCUGAGCCAGUUGCAGCUGCGGCAGAGCAUAAACAGGCGGCGUUUGCGCAGUCCGCUGGCACCCAGACAGCAGCUGCCCUUGCCAACAGCCAGGCUCUGAGUCAGCAGCCCCACGUUGCCACAGCCCCAGGGGGCGUCAGUCAGGAGGAUUCUGUACCAGAAAAACAGGUGCCAUUGCAUAACUACAACUAUGACAGCGUCAACUCGGACGCCACCUCGGGCAUGGAGAUGAGCGAUGGCUGUGAGGGAAUUUCUGGUGGCGGGAAGGCAGAGGGCAAGACACGGAAGCACCACCGGCGGUCCGCCCGUACUCGUUCGCGGCAGGAGCGCAGCAGCAAGCCCAAGCUGACCAUGCUCAAUGUGUGCAACACCGGCGACAAAAUGGUGGAGUGCCAACUGGAGACACACAAUCACAAGAUGGUGACCUUCAAGUUUGACUUGGAUGGCGACGCUCCCGAGGAGAUUGCCACUUACAUGGUGGAGAAUGACUUCAUCCUGCCGCUAGAGAAGGAGGUCUUCAUUGAGCAGCUGAAGGACAUCAUGGACAAGGCAGAGGACAUGUUGAGCGAAGACACCGAGGGGGAGAGGAGUUCAGAUCAGGGCGCAAGCCCCCAGCAAGGCCUGUCGGGUAGCUUCCCAGGGGGAGAGAGCGCCAAGACCCCGCAGCCCCAAAUCAGCCAGGCCGUCUAUCAGCAGAACGUUCUCCACACCGGGAAGAGGUGGUUCAUUAUUUGCCCUGUGGUUGAGUCUCUGCCACCUGACGAGAGGAAGACCUCAUCUGUAGCCUCGUCAGCCGCACAGCAUGUGGUGCCAAAGGAGCCAGAGCCGAGUGCCCAGGCUGGGAGGGCUGAGAGCCACACCUCCUCACCUUCGCUGAUGACCUCAGCCACUUCCACAGCACACGACCCCAGUAGCAACAUAGACGAAGGGAAAUCCCAGCUGCUACAGUCCAGCGUGGGCACUGGGGAGGCUGACAGCCUGCUGAGCACUGUGUCUGCAGAUGACCCCCUGUUGCCAGGCCACACCAUGCAGCACAUUGCAGAAAUCACCUGCGCCACUGCAGUGGUGUCCGACCUCCCGUGUUGCCCCCUUGUCCCACCCCUGUCCUUGGAUGUGGGUGUGCCGGCACCACCUCCGCCUACCCAGUCUGCAGGAAUAGUUGGGGAGCCCCUCUUGAGCCAAGGUGACCCUCCCCAGCAGCCUGUGGUCCUGCAGCAGCCCUUUGCCACACCCCUGCAGUCAUCAGUGGGUGGAGCUAAGUCCUCUUCUCAGCCACAGAGUCCUGCGUUGGCCCCCCAGGCAGCCGUGUCAGGCCCUGGCCCCUCCCAGCAGCCUGGGCCGGGUGAGUCUGAUGGGGAGGGACCCCCAAAAGUUGGAUUUGUGGACAACACCAUCAAGACCCUGGAUGAAAAACUGCGCAACUUACUUUAUCAAGAGCACACGCCUGCAAAUCCCCCCAACAACACGUCGGAGACCCCAGGAUCGGGAACAGAGGUCGUUCAGUCGUCCCCAGUGACGGACCCCUUGCCACUCAUUCCGGAGAGGGAUGACAGUCUCGGCACACUAAGUGACUCUGCUGUGGCAGGUUCCCCCAGGACAGCCAGCAAGAGAGACUCGAUGCCCAGCACCAGCUCCAACUCUUCCUUCAAGGGCAGAUUUCAGAUCAUCCCAGCUCCACCAGACACAGUGAGCAGGCAGGAGCGAAGUAAGAAGGGUAGAAGUGUGUGUGCUUCCGAGGCCCCCCCUGCUGGCCAGUGUGGGUACAGCGUCCAGAUUAACGGAGACGCCGAGGGUUUGCCCAUCACCACCAUCGGCAGGUUCUCUGUCAUCAACACUAAAGACGAGGUCACCCUAAGGAGCCACAGCAACCGCUACUCUGCGCCCCCGGACUUCUUCGAGGACCCGCCUCCCUCUGGCCCUGAGCCCAAACCGUCGGUCCCGCGCUCCCAGACAGCCGCGUCAGUCGAUGCGCCGGAGCACGAGCGCCGCCUGUCUUCCGAUUCUGGGGAGGAGAGCGUCUCCGCCAGGCUGCCCCCUGGCCCGUCCUCCAAGCAAACUCACUCCGAGCACAGCGGCAGUGACCUGGUGAAGAAGGCCGUGGCCUUCCUACGCAGGUCCAGCCGAGGCGGCAGCGUCCACAGCUCCGACUCGCCGAGCCGCCAGGGAGGCAGCAGCAGCGCCCCCGCUAUGCCAGUCUCCUCCCUGCACUCCCACUCCUCGUACGUCAGCAGUGACAACGACUCUGAGUUUGAGGACGCAGACAUGAAGAAGGAGUUGCAGAGGCUCAGAGAGAAGCACAUGAAGGAGAUCUCUGAGCUUCAGGCCCAUCAGAGGGGAGAGAUUGAGCUGCUGUAUCAGAAGCUGGGCAAGCCCAUCCCUCCCACGGUGGGGUUUUUCCAUGCAGCGCCCCCUACAGGCCGGAGGCGCAGGGCCAGCAAGCACAAGCUGAAAGCGGGGAAGCUGCUCAACCCCAUGGUCCAGCAGCUGAAAAACAUCGGUGCGAGCCCCAGUGAGCCUACGGUGAACUGCGCCGAUUCGCUGGUGAAGAGCUCGAGCAUGGCCGACGGGAAGGCUUUCUCCGGCACUAGUGCCCUGCCCACCUCCGCGUCGGAACCGGUCCAGACCCAUCAGCCCUGUUCGCUCAAGGGCUCGCUGUCAUCCGACAACAUCUACUCGGGGUUCCAGAGCGAGGGCACAGGAGCGCACAGCGGACUUGGCCAAGGCUGGACGGUUUACCACCAAACUUCCGAGAGAGUGACCUAUAAAUCUAGUAGCAAACCGCGCGCUAGAUUCCUCAGUGGACCUGUCUCUUUAUCCAUCUGGUCAACCCUGAAACGACUAUGUCUAGGGAAAGAGCGCAGUAGUAGGUCCUCCUAUGGCAGCACUGUGGCUUCUGCAGCGACCAGUCAGCAUCAGCAACAUGUGCCCCCUGCAGGGUCAACGCCCCCUCUCCCACAGCCAAUCACAGGGCUCGCCCAGGCCCAGGCCAACAACAGCAACAAUAAGAGUGGGACGUUCACGGAUGACUUGCACAAGCUGGUGGACGACUGGGCCAAGGAGACGCUGGCGGCCUCUCAGCCACGGUCCUUCCUCAGUCAGGGCAAACGGCAGUGGCAGGAAAUGGAGGCCAGAGCCAUAGCCACGCCUGUGGGCGGAGCUUCCAAUGAGGUUAGGCGUAACAGCCUGCAAUGCACACCAAAAUACCAGCUUCCACUCUCAUGUCCACUGACAGCUGCCCUUGCCCCUGCCAUGAAGCCCAUGGGAAGCAGCAGCCAGCUGGCAGGCGUGUCAUCCGGAUACCUAGCACCACCCUGUUCAUUUGGAGGCCUCGUCCGAGCUCCCCUAUCUCCCACGGCGUGGCCUGGUAUGGCCUGUCCCGUGGGUCCACUCACAGUGAUGUCCGGCCCAGUGGGGGCUGCGAACCCUUCAUUGGGCAAUCCUGCCUUACACUCCUUUACCAUGCCACAGCAAAACCCCAUGAGCCCGCCAAGCCCCAACAUGAGGACCACCUAGCAUGAAGCUGCUGUGGUUCAAAAGUACCAUCAACCUUCAUUUUGCUUUGGUCCUGUGUUCUCAACAUGAGGAUCACCUAUCUUGAAGCUGUCCUGGUCCAUGAAGACCACCAUACUUCAGUCCUCUCCCAUUGUAAUGUUCCCAAAAGGAAAACUACCAUGCUUCAAUCCGUCCUGGUCAGUGAGGACCACCAAGCAUGGAUGUGUCCUGAUUCAGCAUUCUCAACAUGAGGGCCAUCAAGCUUCAAUCCAUCCUGGUCAGUGAGGACCACCAAGCAUGGAUGUGUCCUGAUUCAGCAUUCUCAACGUGAGGACCAUCAAGCUUCAAUCCAUCCUGGUCAGUGAGGACCACCAAGCAUGGAUGUGUCCUGAUUCAGCAUUCUCAACGUGAGGACCAUCAAGCUUCAAUCCAUCCUGGUCAGUGAGGACCAUCAAGCAUCAAUGUGUCCUGAUCCAGCAUUCUCAAUGUGAGCACCACAGAGCUUCAAUCCAUCCUGGCCAUUAAGGACCACAGCUAAAUCUGUCCAGGUCCAUUGCUCCCAACAUAAAGACCACCUUCAUUCAGUGUGUCCCAGGCCAGUGUUUCUUCUCCACAAGGACUUACCAGACCUGUGUAUUUGUCUGGUUGCUCUGCAGUGCACUAGAUAACGUUUGCGCGUGUAAAUGAUCAGUGUGCGUGUAAAUAACCUGUGUGCGUGUAGAACUCUGUGCUGUGGAGCACAUAGCCAUACUGUAUGUACAUUGUGUCAUGCAAUCACUGUGAAGUGUUCUCACUUAUUAACCACUGUUUGUUUUAGGCCAUUUUAAUUUCAGACACUGAAUUAUGCUCCUCAUCUUUGAAAACACCACAGCUUGAAAUUCUGAGACAUUUUGAAUAACUUGAACUUGUAUUUAAAGGUGAAUUACCCUGCAAGCGUGUUGUGCCUUCAAGAGUGCUUUUCAGUCCAUAUUGUAAAAAGUUUGGAAACGUUUGAAUGCGUUUAUUUCAUAUUGGUUCAUGGUAAAUUGUUGGUAUUACUUUAUUUUUUCCAUGAAUUGAAAACAUAUUUGUGGUUUACAUCAGAUGCCCUUCCAGCACUGCACUAUUAACACUGUAGAUGCUCUUACUAUAAUAAAAUUACCAAUAUUAAUUGUUGUUUUCUUGCCACUUCUGUAAAGAAUGUAGCUCAGAAGAGAACAGAGCUAAGAGUUGCCUUUGGGAAUACUUGGAGAUGCAUGUCCUAAACUCAGAGACAUCCAUUCACUUGCGAUAGCAUUUAGAUAUGUUGUGUUUCUCAUUGCACUGAGCAAUGAGGUGGGCUGUGUGUAAUUUGACUUAAUUUUUAAGUGAUGGUAACAAGAAACAAAGAAUGUAGCAAUUCAUAAUGUCUGGGGGUUUCUUGAGCGAGACUUAAGUGCAAUUGCAAUGUUUCACAAAGCUUUUGUAGUUGCCUUCUGAUUUUUUUUUUUUUUAAAAAAAAAAACGUGCUUUGGGAUCUUGUUUUGCUCUUGUUGGAGACUUCAACAUUGUACGCAGAGUAUAAAUGCAACGAUUAACGUGUCAAAUGGUGAGUUUCUUUAGGGCACAGUUACAGUUAACAAAGCAAGUAUUCUCUGUUUUUAUAUUUGGGAGAGCAAAGCAAGUCACUGUGGUCAUGUAGUAAAUUGAUGUUGGUAAGCUUACUUUCUAUGCUGCUAGUCUGUCCACUGUGCUCCUCUACUCUAUGGGGAAAUGCCACCCCCCCCCCCCCCCCCAGGUCUGCUUCUGUUACUCAUAACAGAAUAUGCAUGGUUAUUUGUUAGUAAACGGUUUUCAAUAUUAUACACAACACUGAACAAAACGUACUCGCUGGAGCUAUUUCAAAAGCUGUACUAGGCAAGGUUUCUGUUGACAUCGUUUCACGUUAAAGUCUGUUGACACGCGACUUGUUACGUUGUAGUCCUAAUUUAUGCAUGAAAAAUAGUUUAUAGUUCCUUUGUUUUAUCAUUAUUUGUCUAUGCUCGGUACACACUCAGAUCACACAUGUUGAACAGUUGAACUGUUAAUCCCUUAUGCAGGCUGGACAAUUGCUAUUUGAGGUGAGGAUGUCCUAUUUUUUAAUGUUGUCUUUGUUUUUCAGAAAAAUGAUACAAAAUAAGUUAUGUAUCAAAGACUAUGGGACAAGGUCAACUCUCGACUCCUUAUUUCCUCCAUGUAUGUGAAAACAAACAAAUAUGGACCGUUUUAUCUCCAUAUGUGGGGAGAGUAUGACCAAAACCACAUUAUAAAGACAUACAAAAACACAUUAAUGGAUCACAAAGUAUGAAGUUCUCUUUUGGACCUGAUGUCGUUUCUCAUGCAGUACCAUUUUUUUUUAACCACAGGCGGAAAAGGCAGCGCCGUCAUGUUCUGACAAGCUGUGAAUUGUACAGUUCUUGUGUAAUUAACGUUUCCAAUUUUCUGCUUGGGUCCUUCUCGCCCCCUCCUGUAUAAUAAUCCAUCAAUUCGGUUUGAAUUGGAUUUUUAUAGCGUAUUAUGCAGAAUCUUCUGCUUUGACAAAACACUUCCAGUAGUAAGAGAUUUCUGUUCUCUUGUUACAUGUCUCACGUCUACUGUACCAUUCAUGUGUGAACUUCCUGUCUGUUUGCUUCAUGAGCAGUCAUGGAACUUGUUUUCGACCAUCGAGGCUUGCACUGGACUUUUGUGUGGGAUUGCUUCUGCCUGUUGUAGAGUCUUGCAUUUACCUGACCCCA